AUGGAGGACAAACUCCGGUUAAAAGAAGCCGAAAACAUCAAGCGUCUCGCUUUCCUGGCUAUCAGUGUCAGCACCGUCGCCACGUUGACUGCGAUCGUAGCUGUACCAGCCAUCUACACCUACCUCCAGACGGUCCAGUCGAGCCUCCAAAUCGAGGUCGACUUCUGCCGUCACCGUACCAACGGACUGUACGCUGAAUUCCACCGUAUCCCAAGCGCCCCAAGACUACGUCGCGACGUGUUCCGCAAGAGUUCGGGAUCGACCGGUCAUGCCAAGGCUCGUGCUGCUGAUACUUACGGUGAAGCACCAAAGGACCAAAGCUACGCUGCCACACCUUCAGGCUACGAUGCUCCAGUCUCGGCCCCAGUUAACCAUCAACCAGCCGCCUCGGACAACCAACAAUGUGGCUGCUCUUGUGGAGUUGGACCAGCUGGACCACCCGGUGCCCCAGGACAAGACGGUAACCCAGGAGGUGACGGUAACGCUGGUCGUGACGGUAGCCCAGGAGAAGACGCCGCCCAAAACCAACGCCCACAAGCCGACGACUACUGCUUCGACUGCCCUGAAGCUCCAGCUGGACCAGUCGGACCACCAGGCCCACAAGGACCACCAGGUGUUCCAGGUGUACAAGGAUUGGUUGGACAACCAGCACCACCAGCCGGACAAGGUCAACAAGGACCACCCGGACCACCAGGCCCACAGGGACCAUCCGGACCACCAGGCGCUCCAGGACCAAACGGUGUACUCAACACUGUCGAGGGACCACAAGGACCAGCUGGACCAGCCGGACCUAACGGACCAAAGGGUGCUCCAGGACAGCCAGGACAACCAGGACAGGACGGUGAGCCAGGCAAACAAGGACCAGAAGGAGAGAAGGGUGUACCAGGCCAACAAGGUGCUCCAGGUGUGCCAGGUGAUGCUGGUGCUGAUGGUAACGCUGGACCUCAAGGCGGUUGUGACCACUGCCCACCACCAAGAACUGCUCCAGGCUACUAA